GUGUUAUACUACGGACGGCACGUCUUCCUGGGAAGCGUUUGUCUGAGGUUCUACGARUAAAAACAAAGCUGUGUGUAAAAUGGUUAAAAUUUAUACACUGACUUACGCAGAAUGAUACCACAUCCUUCUGUCAGCAUGUGAUCAAUUAAUAUCGUGAGUCUCUUGCCUGUGGUAUGUACAGGAAUAAAGGUGAUGGUAGCCAUGAAACACCUUAAGACACGACCAGACUCUAGAGAGAACAGCAGCUGUGGAAGUGACAUUGACAGACAAGAACUGAUUGACAAUUAUGGCAGUGAAAAGUAUCUGAGAAAGUGGAAUGUAGAUGUGGAUGAUGACAACCAUGAUACUGAUGAUAAUGAUCAUGAUGGUGGUGUUGCGCCAAGGGAAGUUUUGCAUGAACAGAUAGAUGAACACAAACAGAGUGAAAAUGAUAAUGAUGCUGCAUCACUAGUGUCCUACAAUAGCGUCAGAGAUGCAGGAACACCAGUCAACAACACGCCAAGCUAUUUACCAUAUCAGAUACAGCCAACAGCACAGCACAUUACUUUAUGGCAAGGCUACAGUGGGAAUAUUUACUUUGAUCCUCUCAGAUGUCAACCAAUGAGAAUAAACAGCUCAAAACCUCAUAUGCAAAAACUUAAGGACAGCAAGAGCUAUCGUAAGACCAAGUCUUGUAGUCCAUCCAUGGAGGUACUGGCUGCCAAUCACUACAUUUCUUCUAGUGCUAGUUCUUUUUAUAGUUUAGGAAGUCUUCGUUUUGCUUCAAAGGAUGAAAAGAGAAGGAACACAUCAUGCAUUUCUCAUCAUGGUAGACUACACAAACGAUGGAGUGAUGCUAAAGCAACAGAACCAGGUCAUAAUCAUCAUCGUGUUCGCUGCGAGUCUGCACCAGAGUCAUUAGUAAUAUCUGGUGGUCACCUAAAGAAUGUGACUUCUGACCCAAUUGAUCAUGUCCUCAAACACAAUAUUAAAACAAGUUUAACAUCCAAGAGUAAGAACAAUUUUCCAAGCUUAGUUGUUGGACAUACAUGUGAGAGUGAAAGAGGUACUGACAAGCAGGACAAUCAAUCCUCAACUAGUCUACCACCUGUCGAAAGCAUUGCACCCAGUAAAGAGGUGACAGAGCCCAAACCAGUUUUUAUUAUUCCUUUUGGGGCGUUAGAUGAUCCAGUAGAAGGGCAAAACAACAAUAAACUUGUUGGAGAUACCACUAGCAAAAGAAACUCCAACAAGAAGAUAUUCCAGUUCAAUGAUGCGGCUUUAUUGAAUGACAGAGGUGUUGAUGUUCAUACAGGGGAUUGCAAUGAACCUGAGCUUGCUCUAUCGAUUACAGCGCCCUUGGCAAAAAGGGAUGAAAAGAGCACGGCACAGCGAGUAGGUAGAACUAAUGACGUAAAUGCUACAGCUCGACGUGAAAUUAGUGAUUCUUCUCUUAGUAACUACCUACAAGCCAUGCCCACUCAUCUAUCAAAACAGAAGAAAAUGGUACCUAAACUGUCUUAUACAAAACGGACUAUGGACAUGGUUCCUGGUUCAAUGAGCAGUAUGAAUUACAGCAUCACCGAUAGUGAUCUAAGGAUUUCUAGUACCACUGCUUUAUAUGGAGGUUACCUUCCAUCAACACGCACUACUGACACUCAGUUGUAUCGUGUUGAAAGGAAUUCAGCUUCGCAAACAGGAGAAACUAAUUCUUUAGGAUCACAGGACGAGCAAAGAUUAUCUAACACCAAGCCGCGAAAAAGAAACAGUAGCAAAAAUACUCCUAAAUCCAAACAUUGUCAGGAAAGUGAUAAAUGUCAAUUACCAGUUAUUGGUGGGCCCUUAUCUUGACUUGCUUACCAGCCACAUCCAUUUUACAUUAAAGCUUCAGAACUGGACACACCCUUAUCUCUUCGAGCGAGCGACCUACUAAGACACUUUUCUUACUUAUCCUUAGAAUACGCAUACAAGUGCGCGUGAGCACUCUAUUUUUAACGAUUUCCCGUUGUGUUCAAUACACGCCCAGUAUUCUAUUAAUGAUUAAGAUGAGUGGAUCCAGUUGUGAAUUAGGUUUUGAGUGGAUGCCAUCCACCACGUUUUUACUUAUAUAAAAAAUACUUGGCAGAUUAGUAUGGUUAAAUCACAGGGGAAAAAACGGAUUCCCAAAUUGGGAAUUGUUGGGAAUUUCCUUGAAUUCCCAAUUCGAACGACCAACGUUGGGAUUUAUUGUUGGGAAUUUCCUUCUAAUACCCAAUAGAAAAACAAAAUUCCCAACAAACUAACAUUGGGAAUCAGUGCCACGUUCCCAAUUUCGUUCUCUCUGGGAAUUGGAUGGGAAUUCGUUGGGAAUUGAAGCAAAUUCCCAGCAAAUUCCCAAUUUGGGAAUCCGGUUUUUUUUCCCGUAAAUGUUCGCUGAGCUCCUUAAAAAAUGUUAGUAGAGUGUUAUUCCUCUUUGAGUAUGUGUGUUUCCUUACAGCUAGGCGUGUAAAUAUUAUAAACUUUAUUGAUACACUGAAUAUGAAUUAGAUAAUUAUACUAAACUUAAUUAAU